AGCGGGAGGUAGCGAGUCUGGCGCUGAGCCCGGUGCGGGGCUGGGGAGCGGAGCGCCCGGGGCUCCCGCGCAGGGGCCGGGCCGUGCCGUGGGGUGAAUGGCCCCCCAAGGUGCCAGGGGCAGGCUGCCCUGCAGGGCUGGGGUCAGCCGGCCGCAGCCCCGCCCCCUGUGCUCCUUGCCGCCGGGGAGGCGGGGGGCUCCCAGCUCUAACCGCUAGACCCCACUCCCCUCCCAGAGCUGGGGAUAGAACCCCGGGGCCCGGGCUCCUAGCCCCACCCCGCUGCUCUCCUCAGUACAGCCCCAGAAUUCUACGUGUGUGGAGCUUAGCUGGCAGCGGUGGGGUCUCGCCCCCAAUGACCCCACCACCCCUACGGGCCCCUUCCCCGGUCAGAGGGGAUGGCAUGAGCCUGUGGUGCUGCCCCUCUAGGAAGUGGCUGAAGCUCAAUCCCCACCCCAAUCUUCUCAAUGCACCAGGCACCCUUGGGGCACACGUAUUCUGUGGGCGAGCGGCUUCUCAGUGGGAUGGGGGAGGUGUGCGAUGCCCAUGCAGCCAGCUUGCCGGGCCAGUAGGGGAUGGCAUGUGGGGCCCAUAUGGCCCUCUCUCGGGGCCGGUGGGGGGCAUGGCGCCCAUGGGGCCCUUUCUCUGGGGCAGUGGGAGCCAGAUCUCCAGAUGCCCUGAGCCUGGUGUCCAGGGACAGGGGGGGCACAGGGAAGCACCAUGGACCCUGAGUUCUCCAUCAUGCUGCAGUGCCCAUCUCCCAAGGGCCUGGCAGAGACAGAGGUGCAGGCUGAGCUCUCCCCAGCCUACAACCGGCGCCAGCUGCCCGGAGGCCAGGCCUGGAUCGACGCUCUCUGGGAGGCCCGGUGCCGUCACAGUCCCUGGCUUUUCAACGGCUCCAAAUUCCGGCUGCACUCGGCCCAGCUGGAUGGGGGCUCCCUGACCUUUCGCCUGGGCCUCACCUGCUACAAGGACUUCCUGGGCACCAACCGAGCUGGCAUGGCCAGGCACCUCCAGCAGCAGGGGCAGCAGGACUUUGGGGACAGCCAGGCCUACCUGGCAGAGCCGCUGGGAGUGGGUGCCAUGGUGCAUACUGACGAUGACUGCUUCGUCUUCCUAAGGCGCAGCCAGAGGGUGGGCGAGGCACCUGGCCUCAUAGACAUUCCCGGGGGGCAUCCUGAGCCACAGGCUGUGGUGGGGGACGUCCCAGAAGAAUCCAUCUGUUCGGAGGAGCUCCCCAGACAGAUGGUCGUCAAGGAGAUCUUCACUUCCAUCCUGCGGGAGAUCCGAGAUGAGGUCAACCUGCCAUUGCCCACCCUAAGCCAGCCAGUGCUGCUGGGCAUUGCUCGGAACCAGACCAGCGCAGGUCGGGCCAGUGCUGAGUUCUAUGUCAGGUGCAGUCUGACGUCGGAGCAGGUGAAACAGAGAUAUGAGAUUGGGGGACCUGAAGCUCAGGAAUCCACUGGCAUCAUCUUUAUCAAGAGAGAGGAUGUCCUGAUUCUGGAGCAGACCGGAGGGAUGUGGAGGGAGCUGUGCCCAUCUGCCAAGGGGGCUGUCAGACUCUACACCCUGGUGCAGGGUGGGGGGCAGUGACAGGAAGGGUACUGACUCCCCAGGCCACGAUGGGGGCUUAUCUGUGCCAAAUUGGGCAUCGACAGACCCUGCAAGCUCCCUGCACACGCCAGCCCUAUGUCGUGGAGCCAGCAGGAGGGGGAUAGCUGCAGGACCAGACUCACCUUUCCAGGGGCAGGGCCCUGCCCUGAUCUGGUUCCAAUUCUGGCUGUUUUACCCAUUGCUGUUGAGAACCCAUCUCCCAAUAAAGAACUUAUUCUUUGACAGCA